AUGAUCUCUUUUGCAAAAGAAAUUAUAGUGCCAACAACUUCUAGUGCAACUGAAAAUACCUCGGAACGCCAUAGAAGGCUAAAAGCUAUAUUUCCCGGAGCAAUAGGUGCGUUAGAUGGUACUCUUGUACAUGCAGUUGUGCCGGCUGAUCAACAAACUCGUUAUAGGGGAAGAGGAAAAGGUGAGUGUUAUCUAAAUGUAUUGGGAAUUUGUGAUUUUGAUAUGAUAUUCACCUUUGUAUGGGCUGGAUGGGAGGGCAUAGCACAUGAUUCACGAGUUUUGAAAGAAUUUGCAUUUAAUCCGACUUCUGGAUUUCCAUUUCCUCCACCAGGCGUCACACUCACCUUUACAGAUAAAUAUUACCUUUGUGACGCUGCAUAUACCAACACUCAUGGAUUUAUGACUCCAUAUCGCAAUACAAGGUAUUGGUUAGCCGAUUUUCGACGACGAAGGGCGUUAACUAAGGAAGAAAGAUUCAAUCAUGCUCAUGCACAACUCAGAAAUGUUAUAGAGCAUGCUUAUGGUGUAUUGAAGGCAAGAUUUCCAAUCUUAAAACUAAUGGCUCCUUAUCCUUUUGCAGUUCAACGAGAUAUAGUCAUUGCUUGUGUCGCAAACAAUGUCGUUCCUCCUAACGCGGAAGGUGGAGGAAAUGACAACAUAGAAUGGGGUUCGGAAGGCGUUGAAUAUAUGAGUACUUUGCGUAACCAAAUUGCAAAUCAAAUGCUUUCAAAUGGUUUAAGUUAA